GAGUCUGCUUUGUCCAGACCAUAGGCUGUAAAAAAAAAAAAAAAAAAAUAGGUCCAGACAUUUGAUUGGGCUUCAUCGUUUCUUCUCGGUCAGUCCUGUCACCUUCAUAGGCAGCAACUGCAACACGCCCCCUGGCGGCUGAGCUCAACCCACAGGAAGACGGAAGCAAAUGCCGUACACUUGCAAACUCAUCGCGUGAAUCACCGAGGAGGGUACAAGGGCAUGAGCCAAGAGCUCGGGACUAUGACUUCUGUGAAUAGCUCAUAAACUGUCAGUGUAUUACCUCUUUACGUCCACUCAGCGUUGCUGUAAAUCUUACAUUAACGUUUGACGCCUUUUCAUCCAUACAGACGGGAACAGAAUGGCAUCGAUUUUGCUCACCAGAUCUCGGACUCCUUUGCUGAAAACAUCUAGGUCGUUAAAGAACGAAUUCAGAAAAGGAAAGUUACCAGAAAGCACAUGCUUUAACUGCACUGCACUGCGGUUAGCCACAAACAGAUUAAUGCAGCCUUGCAGUCCUGGUGUUCUUGGAGGCAGCGUCUGGCCUCAUGCAUCAUCUGUCCUGUACCAUGACAAUUCAUCAUCACUUCAGCGCCGCUUGUCCAGGUCACCUCGUCUGUACUGUGCCAUCUUAGUACCUGACCCUGCCCUGCCUAUCCACACCCACUCCACAUACCCCAGGACGCUAGCCUGGCCACAGAACACCUCAGUUCGGUGGGUACAUACUACAGGCCGUCUCCAUGAUGAUUCGAAGGUAGAGCGUUCUUUACGUUCACUGAAGGAUCGGAAUAAAAAGCUUGAGGAGGGUGGACCGGUGUACAGCCCGACGGUAGAUGCCCAACCUGUGAGACGGACAGUACGUCAAUUUGUGAUUGAUGAGGUGAAGCAUUACUAUCACGGGUUCCGCCUACUAUGGAUGGAUACGACUAUUGCGGUGCGGAUGCUCUGGAGGGUGCUGAAUGGACACAUUCUGUCACGCCGAGAGAGGAGACAGUUCCUGAGGACGUGUGCAGAUGUCUUCCGGCUUCUGCCCUUUCUGGUCUUCAUCAUCGUCCCAUUUAUGGAGUUUCUGCUUCCUGUUGCGCUGAAACUUUUCCCUAACAUGUUGCCGUCCACCUUUGAGACCCAGUCCAAAAAGGAGGAAAGACUAAAGAAGGAGCUGAGAGUGAAGUUAGAGAUGGCCAAGUUCUUGCAGGACACAAUCGAGGAGAUUGCACUUAGAAACAAAGCCGCCAAAGGCAACGUGACCGAGGAGUUCUCCACUUUCUUUCAGAAGAUCCGUGACUCUGGAGAGAUACCCAGUAAUGAGCAGAUCAUACGUUUCUCUAAGCUGUUUGAGGAUGAACUGACCUUAGAUAACCUGACACGGCCACAGCUGGUGGCUCUGUGCAAGCUGCUGGAGUUGCAGUCCAUCGGCACCAACAAUUUCUUGCGCUUUCAGCUCAUCAUGAAACUUCGAGCCAUCCGUGCAGAUGACAAGCUGAUAGCAGAGGAAGGAGUGGACAGUCUGAAUGUGAAUGAGCUGCAGUCAGCAUGUCGUGUGAGAGGGAUGAGAGCUCUGGGUGUGACGGAAGAGAGACUGAGAGAGCAGCUUAAACAGUGGUUGGAGCUUCACCUCAAUCAGCACAUCCCCACAUCUCUGCUGCUGCUGUCCCGAGCUAUGUUCCUGCCAGACACGCUGUCCCCUGCGGACCAGCUUAAAACCACACUACAGAACCUGCCAGAGAUUGUGACUAAAGAGGCGCAGGUGAAGGUGGCAGAGCUGGACUUCUCUAAAGUGGAUAACAAAACCAAGCUGGAGGCCACGCUUCAGGAAGAGGCAGCUAUCCGGCAGGAAAACCGAGAGCGGGAGCUGGAGAGACUGGCUGAUGCUGCAGAGAAAGAAAAGGAACAGGCCGUGCGGGAGGCUGAGGUGGUGGAGUUGGAAGCAGAACGACGGGUGGAUGCAGAACAUGCGCUCUCCAGUGUAGACGUGGCCAUCCAUUCAGAAACACUACGAGAUACUGCACCGGUGCUGGAGGGUAUUAAGUUCGAGCAGUGGCAGAGGUAUCUGCGCAUUCAGGGGGAGGAGAUCACUAAGGAAGAAAUUGACAUGCUGAGUGACGCCUGCACCAAACUAAAGGAGCAGAAGAAUCUCCUCACCAAAGAGAAAGAGGAGCUGGAGGACCUGAAGGAUGAUGUGCAGGAGUACAGCGAGGACCUGGAGGAGAUCAAGCGAGAGCUGUCCAAAACAGGACAGGAGAAAGUGGUGGAGGAGUCUAAAGCAAGCCAACGUUUGUCGAAGCGAGUCAACCGCAUGAUUGGCAGAAUGGAUAAAAUUGUCACUGAGCUGGAGAAGGACAAGAUGGUGCUAGACGGACAGAUGGACAGCGGGACCACACCACCAAUUGGAUUGUUCUUUGAGAAACAUAGUGACUUGCCAAGUCUGUUCCUGUCCUACAGGGAGAAUCUGAUAAGCAUCAACGAGCUCAUUGCAGUCAUGAAGCAGAUCCAGAACAUCCCUGAACACAAGCUGCUCAGCAUCGCAGACGCACUCGAUGAAAACAAAGAUGGCAAGAUAGACAUUGAUGAUGUCUUAAAGGUGGUAGAGCUGAUCGAUAAGGAGGACAUCGAUAUCUCCACCAACCAGGUGGCAGAGAUCAUGGUGAUGCUGCAAAAGGAGGAGAAGCUGGUGGAGAAAGAGAAAGCCAAGGACAAGGUCGAGAAAGAGCAGGCAGCUAAAAUCCAAAACUAGACUUUCCGUGUAGGGAAUGGAAAAGAUCCUGAAGCUUUUGAAGCUUUUCAGGUUCAUUAAUGUGUUAAGAAGCUUCAGAGUGAGACUGAAACCAGUGCUGACCUCCCAUAUGGAUUCACACGUGUGUGUGUGUAUAUAUAUAUAUAGAACAAAAAAAGAUCAAAGAACAAACUUUGCUUUGUUCAAGGAAGACUGUUGUAUAAUGAAUGAAUUAAAACGUUUAUUUAUUAAUAACAUUACAAAAGUAAUGCACUACGGAGCCCUACACAUGACAUAUAGAAAAAAAAUAGAAAUCAUGGCCACAAAUUAAAAAUUCGUUCCCUUGUUUUAGGUAAAUAAUCCCCACAGUUGAACUAAAUUAAAAGGAGGGAACCAAGUAGUAUCAAAUUAAGUUGUGUGAAUGAAUUCUUAAUUCAUGGCCAUCAUAUCGUUUAUUAGUCAUGUGCGAGGCACCGAAAAUUCAGAGAUAAAUUUUGAAAGAAAAUGUGUUAAUUUAUUCACAAAAAUACCCUCUUAAAGGUGAAGUGUGUCAUUUCUGGCACAAAACGGACUGUUUGUUUGAGCGGCCUUGUUGAGCUGGACAUAAUAUCAUCAGCGCAACCAAUAGCUUGAGUUUGGGGUGGAACUAUCUUUGUGUCACAGAAAUCGCGCACUUCAGCUGUAAGAUGUAAAAAAUUAUUAACUUUUAUUAUUCUCAUAAUCCUACUCCCUGGCAGUGAUGUCAUUUCCUGUGAUCUGAGGACAUCUCCUCUCUUUGCACAUCACAUCACGUCACCAUCAUUCCAUUACUCAUCCAGUUUUAUUCUGUUGUAGUUUUAUUUAUUUUCAGUUCACAAUCUUCAUGAGAUUUUUUGAAUGUCGCUCAGAAGAUGUUGAAAUGUUUAUUCAAUAACCAAAGAAGCUUUGUUGCAGAUGUUAUGCUCCAUUUAUACUUGUACAUACACAUUCAAGCCACCAAGCACUGUGGCUUUGUAUCACAGCAAAAGUCUGAAGUAGAGUAUUGGGACGUAUCUCUUCAGCACUUGAGCUUUAUACAGGGCAGAAGCUUUUACACAGACUUGAAGAUGGUGGCUGAGACAAAUUCAGUUUUUGAUGUUUUUUUUUAAUUUUUAAAUUUAUUUAGCUCCUAUCUUGAAUUGAUUUCAGAAUCACAUUUACAUUGUGGCCUUCAGUAAUCAAAAUCCCUUGUCCAAAGUAAACUUAACCUGAGAUCAUAUAGCUAUAUAAAUAUGUAACAGUUCAUCAUUGCUAGUAUUUGCAUUGUAUACUAGCAGUAAAUAUCCGUCUCUGUUAGCUUGCUUGGGUUAAUGAUAUGUGGAGUAUGUUUGUAUGUGCUGGGAACCUGAAAGGGAAAAGAUGGUGGUCAGUGCAGACAGAAUCAGGGUACGGCUCAGCCUACGGUCUUUGUGACCUGGAUCAUUCCUCUCUCCUUACAUGGAGAGAGCGGCAGCAGUUGUUCUCGUAGCAGAGCACCUACAGUAACUGGAAUGUGUCGAUCAGCAUGAGACUCGCACGCUCACUGGAGUCUGGUAGCAUAGUUUCACAGGGCACAUAAGGCAGGGAAUACAUCAUCUUAACCCUAAACAUGUCAUACUGAGGGCCCAGCAUGUCUAACCUCAAAACACUGUUCCUGUGCUGUGUCUCAGACAGAGAGUCUGGGUGCCUAUUUCACAUUGUGUCCCUUAAAAGGAUAGCUCACCCAGAAAUUAAAAUUCGGUCACUAUUUGUUCACACUCAUGUCAUAACCUGUAUGAUUUUUUUUAUUACGUAGAACACAAAAUUAGAUGUUUAGGCAGAAUGUUCAUGCUGCUCUUUUCCAUUCAAGAGAAAAUAAGUCAUAUGAGGGUGAGUAAAUGUUGACAGAAUUUUCAUUUUUGGGUGAAUUGUUGGUAACUUACCUAGGGACCCCUAACUACAGUAACGGCAUUUAGGCCUUAAAAUAUUUUCAUGAAUUAGUAUUAAUAUACCGUAUGAUAGAAAAAGUCCAUGUUUGUGGUUUUUUUUUUAGUAUUUUAUGCUGACGUGUAAUUGCACUAUAAAUAUUGAGAGCUUUAUUUUUUUUUGCCCAUUUUUGGUGUGAUGAUCUAGACUCAGGAAGAUGCAUGUAAUGUCUGUUUGCACACCGAGAGAUAUUUUGAGGAAACGUACACUUGAAUUUUUAAAGUGGUAGAGGGGAAGAAGUGUGAAUAUUGUGGAAAGGUAUAAAGAUACCUUGCUUAUUGUGUUUUGUUUUGCGAUUUUUAAAUUGAGUUUUCAGAUUCGUUUAUAACAGAUGGUGCAUGUGCACAUAUAAGUGACCACAGAUGGAAGAGUGUAAAGACAUUGAUGUAAUUGCCCUUGGAAACUAAUUUACUGCUUAAGCUAAUUGAAAUGUAUUUGAUUUAUGUAUUUUCCCCUUUUUAAGGCCUGUACAUUCUUUCAUGAUAUUUUUUUUUUUGACCGUCCUGUAUUUUAGAAGGUUCAAAACCUGAAUACUGUUACGCUAGUUAACUUGUAGACUAAAUAAGGGGUAAAAAUGAGUGGUAUGUGCAAAAAAUGUUAUUGAAAAUCAGUAUGACGUAAAAUAAGAAUUUUAUUUUGUUCAUACUACCUAUGUAAAUCUAACAUUUACAUACAAGUGGAUCCAAAGUUAAAUAAAAUGAACUGAUCUUUAA